AUGGCGCUCAAAGACUUGUUGAAGAAGAAGGACAAGAUUAGGGAUGAGGGCGCGACUCCCACGUCACCCACGGGCCCUACGCUGUCUCCCGACGUCCCAGAGUUCCAAUUCUUCCGCACUACGACUUCGACGCAAGAGACCAUCGAGCCGCCCAGCUUCCCCGGCGAUCCCACGCGCGAGUCUCCUCUACUGUCGCCGACAUCGCGCGGCAAGUUUGGCCGGUUCAGAAGUCGCAGUAGCGCUUCCUCUCAGGGAUCGCAAGCAGCUGGUGGGGAGCAGAAGCAUGACAAACUGGCGGAGCGGUUGCACUUUGGACGGAGCAGGUCGAGCAGCUCAAUAAACGUGCCGGACAAUCUGCCAGAAGUCGGAGGAGACGGCGUCGCACGAACAGAGGAGGAAGAGGCCAGGUGGGAGACGAGGGCUACGGUGCUGGUCACAAUGGGUGGGCAACACGGAUCUAGUCAGCCCAAUACACCAAGCCACGAGUCUGUAAAUCCAAUGUCACAUGGACGACCGACGAGCGCAAGGAGUCGUAGUGGGACUGUCGGCGCGCCUGCGGACGAGGAGACGAUCCAAGAGGCCAUCCGUCUGCAUGAGAGUAGUAAUCUUGAGGCCUCAACAGCGCUCUUUGGCAGACUUGCAGAACCAACGGGUGCGAACAAUGCUCUAGCGCAGGUUCUCUACGGUCUCGCAUUACGCCAUGGCUGGGGAUGUGAGCCUGACCAGGAACAAGCUGUCCAAUACCUGUCCAUGGCAGCGGCGAACAGCGCUGAAGUCGAGAAACUCGCACUCGGAGCUGGCAUGAAGAAAGGCGGUGCAGCCAAAGGGGAGCUCGUGCUGGCCAUGUACGAACUCGCCAACUGCUUCCGCAAUGGCUGGGGUAUCAAGAAAGAUCCCGCAGCCGCAAAGCAAUACUACGAGACCGCCGCGAAUCUAGGUGACACAGAUGCGAUGAACGAGGUAGCCUGGUGCUAUACCGAGGGCUUUGGAACGAAGAAGGAUAAGUUCAAAGCGGCUCAGUUUCUGCGCCUCGCGGAAUCCAAAGGGAACAAGACGUUAGGCAACACAUGGAUCUGGAAGGACAAAUACAACCCCAAAUAA